GCCAUCACCAUGGGCACAAACUCAGAGCAGUCCUUCUUCCCCAGCCACCACUGGCUCUAUUUCACUGUGUACCUCUUCGCCUUCCUCGUGGGGCUCCCCCUCAACCUGAUGGCCUUUGUGAUCUUCGUGGGCAAGCUUCGGCGCCGCCCGGUGGCUGUGGAUGUGCUCUUGCUCAACCUGACCCUCUCGGACCUGAUCCUGCUGCUCUUCCUGCCAUUCCGCAUGGUGGAGGCAGCCAAUGGCAUGCAGUGGCCCCUGCCCUUCUUCCUCUGCCCUUUCUCCGGAUUCCUCUUCUUCACCACCAUCUAUCUCACCUCCCUCUUCCUGGCGGCUGUGAGCAUCGAGCGCUUCCUGAGCGUGGCCUACCCCCUAUGGUACAAAAACCGACCAAGACCGGGACAGGCCGUUCUGGUCAGUGUGGCCUGCUGGCUCCUGGCAGCCAGCCACUGCAGUGUGGUCUACGUCAUCGAACUCUCUGGGGCCUCUUCCAAGAGUCCAGCCGCCAAUGGGACCUGCUACCUGCAGUUCCAGGAAUACCAGCUGGCCAUUCUCCUGCCUGUCCGGCUGGAGAUGGCUGUGGUCCUUUUUGGGGUGCCUCUGCUCAUCACCAGCUGUUGCUACAGCCGUCUGCUGUGGAUUCUCAGCAAAGGAGCCAGCCAGCACCGGAGGAAGAGGGUGGCAGGGCUCGUGGCAGCUACCUUGCUCAACUUCCUUGUCUGCUUCGGGCCCUACAAUGUGUCCCAUGUUGUGGGCUACGUCCAGGGUGAAAGCCCAGCGUGGAGAGGUUACGUGCUGCUCCUCAGCACCCUCAACUCCUGCAUCGACCCCUUUGUCUACUACUGCUCAUCCUCUGGGUUCCAAGCUGACUUUCAGGGGCUGCUGAGGAGGUUGGCAGGGGCCUGGAGCCUUUACAGGCAGGAGCGCAGCGUGGAACUGACGGUGACGCGGGAAAGCAAGGAGCAGGAGUUGUCCAAGGUAGAGAGCAGGUAGGAGACUCUAGGAGGGCUGUGAAACCCGUUGCCAGGCAGCUUGGGCUGAAAGCUGGGUGCUCGGAUGGAUCGUCCCCAGCAUAGUACCUAUCUCAAGUCAAGCAGGACCUUUGAAUGGCAGGCUGGGAACCGAUGGGGCCCGGGCAGGGGCUGAGCACACACUCAGUCCUUCUAAGGACGUGCUCACCGAAGCCCAGCUCUGACACCACUCUGCCCUCCCUCUUGUCCCCUCACGCACCGCUGAUUC